CGGAAACCGAAAUUGGAACUAAAACUGCUAUCCGCAGGGAAGUUAUUGGACAGCACAGUAUUGGUGUCUGCUUGUAAGUGAAAGAAGUCGCCAAACGGUAGGAGAUGCAUUUAUUAGCAUCAUGUCAAGUGGCAAAAUCUUAAUGGCUCAGCCGGAGUGUCUGAUUCAAAAUGACGAGCACGGGAACCUGCUUCUCCAGACGAAGGCUGUAGAGAUCCUGAACCAGAUCGAUCAGCUUGUGGUGGUUGUGGCAGUAGUGGGUCUGUACCGCACUGGGAAAUCAUACCUGAUGAACAAGCUGGCUGGGAAGACGAAGGAUGAGAAGGGAUUUGACCUGGGACCCACCGUACAGGCAAAGACCAAGGGCAUCUGGAUGUGGUGUGUUCCUCACCCAACAAAAGCGGACCACACCCUGGUGUUGUUGGACACUGAAGGGCUGGGGGAUGUGGAGAAGGGGGAUCCAAAGAACGACAACUGGAUCUUUUCCCUGGCAGUCCUCCUGAGCAGCGCACUGGUGUACAACAGCAUUGGGAUCAUCGACAACAAUGCCUUACAGCAGCUUCACUAUGUGACAGAGUUGACGGAACAUAUCAAGGUGAAAUCCCAGGCCGAGGAUGAGGACGGUGAUGAAACGACCGAGUUCAUGCGCUUCUUUCCCUCCUUUGUCUGGACAGUUCGGGAUUUCACCUUACAGCUAGAAUAUGAAGGGAAGCCCAUAACCGCUGAUGAAUACCUGGACAAUGCUCUCAAGCUGAGGGCUGGCCAUGGGAAGCAAGUAAUGCAGUUCAACAUGCCGCGGAACUGCCUGCGGAACUACUUCCCCAAGCGGAAGUGCUUUGUCUUCGACUGCCCCACCAGCGCUGAGAACAUGAAGCUCAUGGAUGAGCUGAGUGACGAAAAGCUGGAACCUUCCUUCGUGCAGCAAGCCACAAGCUUCUGCGAUUACAUCUAUGGUGAAGCCAAGACCAAAACCAUGAAAGGAGGCUACAAUAUGACGGGCAGAAUGCUGGGGAGCCUUGCAAAGAUGUACGUGGACGCCAUCUGCAGAGGCCAGAUCCCCUGCCUGGAAAAUGCAGUUGUAGCUCUGGCCCAGAUUGAGAACUCCAAUGCAAUAGUCAAGGCCAUGAAGUUCUACAAGGAGUGUAUGGACAGCUGGGUCGCUUUCCCCACCGAGACACUGGAGGAGUUGUCAGACGUACACGGCACAGUUGAGGAACAGGCUGUCAAGAUCUUCAUGGGCCUCUGCUUCAAGGACGAGGAUCAGAAAAGCCAACUUAAGCUAAUGGAACUGAUGCAGGUAGAGUAUAAGGCAAUCUGCGAGAAGAAUGUCGUUGAAUCAAAGAAGGCCUGUGAGUCUAUCAUCAAACGCAUAUUCAGGCCACUGGAGGAAAAUAUUGCAUCUGGACAAUACACGUCAGUUGGAGGAUACGAGCGGUACCGCAACGAUUUAAAUAACUUAAUCUCAAAAUACAGAUCAGCUGAGGGGAGAGGAAUAAAGGACGAGGAAAGUCUAAAGGAAUACCUGGAGAAGAAGAAAUCUGUUGGACAAGCCAUAAUGACUGCUGACCAAUCUCUGACUAAAGCACAACGGAAGGAAGAAGAAAAUCGAGUGAGAAUGGGGGCCAUGGAGCAAGAAAGACGAGCUUCUGAGGAGCAGAGAAAGAUCUUGAAGAAGCAGAUGGAGGACCAGGAGCGAACCUUCAUUGAGAACAUGGCACAGCUGGAGAGGAAGAUGGAGGAGGACAGGAAGAAUGCUGCCAAGGAGUUUGAAAUGACCCUGAAUGGCAAACUGAAGGAACAGCAGGAGCUCAUGAAGCAAGGCUUUGAUGAGCGGGCAAAGCUCAUUGAAGCUGAAAUUUCUUCCCUGAAGAAGGAGAAGGUUCAAAAUGAGAAGUCCCCUUCACCUUUUUCUGUUAUUUUGGAUACUGUGGGACAAGCAGCCUCCAUGUUUUUGCCAGGGAUAAUCCCAAAGAUGGCAGGAGUGGGUCUCUCAGCCCUUUCACGCCUGUUUUGAAAAUAGUCUGAAACUGAAUAGCUGGGCUGUUUGUUUUGUUCUGUCAUUUUUUCCCCAUUUUUUGUCUCGUUGUGUAUGUGUCUUUUGUUUCCACAUUUAUGUGUAUAUAUACAUGUACGUAUACAUAGGUGUGUGUAUAUGUAUGUAUAUGAAGAAAAAAAAAAAGAAAGAAAUUAUGUACGUACCGAAGCAGCAGCAGUAUCAUUAC